AUGGCUCAUGAUGACGUAAUUGACAUGUCUCGCUUAUCAUCGAUGGCGGAGGCAACUGAGGUAGUGCUUAUGGUAGACAAGGACGACAAUGAAGUAGGCACAUGUACCAGGAAGGAAAUGCGUCAAUUCAACAAGUGGCAUCGCACAACUUGCACGGUGCUGUUGUCUACCAGCGGCCCUGAAGUGGAGGUUAUAUACCAUAAACGAUCAUCGCAGAAGGUUUAUUGCCCGAGUUAUAACGAUUUGGCCUUUGGUGGCGUCGUUACGGUGGGCGAAUCAUACAUGGACAAUGCACUUCGCGAAACAUCUGAGGAGUGUGGGUUAUCCAUUGCUGAGGAGAAUUUGUACGAGCUUGGCAACUAUGCGCGUGAUGAAGAAUGCAUUAGGUGCCACUACAAGCUAUUUGUGGCGCUAUACAACGGUCCACUGGAUAAGUUGACCCCACAACCAGGUGAGGUGGAUGAGAUACGGCGUACGCCCCUUUCCACCAUCGACAAUCUGAUGAGCGCUGAAAAAUUCACGUCGUCGUGCUCGUGGAUCGUUCCACGUAUCAAGGAGUUCGUGGAAGAGGGGGGUAUACCUAAGCUUAAGGAGGUAAACAUUUAG